AUGAGUAGCAAGAUGGCUUUUGCUUUGUCAAGCCCUCGACUUUUCUCCGCCGUUUCUCGCAAACCCACCACUUGUUUCUCUCCUUCUCCUCCGUCGUCGUCGUCUUCGAGGACACAAUUGUCUCAGCUCAGCAAUGGAAGAUCGAUCUCCAUCAAAAAAAAAUUCUUUUUACUGCCUGCAAAAGCCACCACAGAACAAUCAGGUCAAGUUGGAGGAGACGACAUUGAUAGCAAUGUUCUGCCUUACUGUAGCAUCAACAAGGCUGAAAAGAAAACAAUUGGCGAAAUGGAACAAGAGUUUCUCCAAGCGAUGCAAUCUUUCUAUUACGAUGGCAAAGCGAUCAUGUCGAAUGAAGAGUUUGAUAACCUUAAAGAAGAGUUGAUGUGGGAAGGAAGCAGUGUUGUGAUGCUAAGUUCUGAUGAGCAAAGGUUCUUGGAAGCUUCGAUGGCUUUUGCUUCCGGAAAUCCGAUCCUGAACGAUGAAGAGUAUGAUAAGCUGAAAUUGAAACUAAAGAUGGAUGGUAGUGAAAUUGUGUGUGAGGGUCCAAGAUGCAGUCUCCGAAGUAAAAAGGUGUAUAGUGAUCUUGCUGUAGAUUAUUUCAAAAUGUUAUUGUUGAAUGUUCCAGCAACCGUUGUCGCUCUUGGACUAUUUUUCUUCCUCGACGACAUUACAGGUUUUGAGAUCACAUACAUCUUGGAGCUUCCGGAACCAUUCAGUUUCAUAUUCACGUGGUUCGCUGCCGUGCCUUUGAUUGUAUAUCUGGCUCUAUCCAUCACCAAACUGAUCAUCAAAGACUUCUUGAUCUUGAAGGGUCCUUGUCCGAAUUGUGGAACGGAGAAUACCUCCUUCUUUGGAACAAUUCUAUCAAUUUCUAGCGGCGGCAAAACCAACAAUGUCAAAUGCUCUAACUGUGGAACCGCGAUGGAGUACGACUCGGGUUCUCGGUUGAUCACAUUGCCAGAAGGAAGCCAAGCUUGA